GCUCCUUAUAUUUAGCCUCAUUUUCCUAUUCCUCUCUCUCUCUCUCUCUCUCUCUCUCUCUCUCUCUCUCGCUUAGCUUGAGCUCUGUGGUUUCAGGGCUUCCUCUGUUAAUUUUGGCUUCUUCUCCUUGUCUAAAAAGCCUCCUUGUAAUAUAAACACCUCAAUUCCCCUCAUCUACCCAAUCCAUACCCAAAUCCCAAACCACCCAGAAAAGCACUUGUUGGAUCUCUCUUCUUGGACCUCUCUCUACCUAAAAGAAGAAGAAGAAGAAGAAGAAGAACAUGGCAUUGCAUGUUUUUGUUAUACUACUAGCCACAUUGCAAAUUCAUUCGCAGUGCGGCGUGGUGGUGGGCGUUACGGAGACGACGUGCGCCGACGCCGUGCCGAUGAGGCUGCGGCGGGAGGUGAUAUCGAUAACGGACUUCGGCGGGGUCGGCGACGGCCGGACGCUGAACACGUGGCCGUUCCGGAAGGCGGUUUACAGGAUCCAGCACCUGAGGAGGAGAGGGGGCACACUGUUGUAUGUUCCUCCUGGGAUUUGGCUCACUGGGAGCUUCAACCUCACCAGCCACAUGACCCUGUUCUUAGCAAGAGGAGCUGUUAUUAAGGCCACACAGGAUACAUGGAAUUGGCCAUUGAUGGAUCCAUUGCCAUCAUAUGGAAGGGGCAGGGAGUUGCCUGGUGGAAGGUAUACUAGCCUAAUCCAUGGAAAUGGGAUCAGUGAUGUGAUAAUAACAGGUGAGAAUGGAACAAUUGAUGGGCAAGGUGAAGUGUGGUGGAACAUGUGGAGACAAAGAACACUUCACUACACAAGACCAAAUCUAUUGGAGUUUAUGAACUCUAGAGAUAUUAUCAUUUCCAAUAUUGUAUUCAGAGACUCCCCAUUCUGGAAUAUUCACCCAGUAUAUUGCAGCAACGUGGUAAUAAAAUACGUCACAAUUUUGGCUCCGUAUGACUCUCCUAACACAGAUGGAAUUGAUCCAGAUUCGAGCUCCAACGUGUGCAUCGAGGACGCCUACAUAUCGACGGGCGACGACCUCGUCGCCGUCAAGAGCGGGUGGGACGAGUACGGCAUCGCGUUCGGCCGCCCGAGCUGGUCCGUCACUGUCCGCCGCUUGACGGGCUCCUCCCCCUUCAGCGGCAUCGCAAUCGGCAGCGAGGCGUCGGGCGGCGUGGAUGGCGUCCUCGUCGAGGACGUCCACCUCUUCAAUACUGGCAUCGGCAUCCACAUCAAGACCAACAUCGGCCGCGGCGGGUACAUCAGGAACGUGACGUUCGCCAACGUCGUCAUGCACAACGUCCGGAAGGGGAUCCGGAUCGCGGGCGACGUCGGGGACCACCCGGACGAGUACUUCAACCGGUACGCGGUCCCGAUGGUCGACGGCGUGACGAUUCGGAACGUCUGGGGGCAGAACGUGCAGCAGCCAGGGUCGAUUGAAGGGAUAAAAAACGCGCCGUUCACGAGGAUAUGCCUAUCGAACGUGAAGUUGUGGGGGGCGGGGGGGUGGCAGAGCAGCGCGCCGUGGCGGUGUGCGGAGGUGAGCGGGGCGGCAUUCGGGGUUCGGCCGUGGCCCUGUGCUCAGCUCGCCACCACUCUCACGGGAGGCAUAUGCUCUGGUGCCGUGUAGAAUGUAAUUGUGUGUUAUAAGAGCGUAGUCAGAUGAGUUGUUUUCUAUCGGAUUGAUCUUUUAAUGUGGGGGAGGAGAUUGUUUUAGGUGUUUGGUGGAUUGAUUGUUUAGCGGAGAGAAUUGCUAUUGAGAUACCAUAUUGUGAACGAUGAGAGAUGCGUUGACUUGGUAUCAGGUCAGCGUAGAGAGCAUCAACAUGUCUUGAGUUUUUUAACUCAUUUGAGCCUGCAUGUUUGAUUUUUAAACA